AUGAGCGAAUGUGCCCGUUGCCAUGUGGAUUUCUACCACAAUCCGGAGGUGCGCCUCCUCUUCUCUGCCAUCUGUGAGCACCGCAUUUGCGAGCGAUGCUUACCCCAGGCACUUCGAGCGCGGAACUGCCCAGGGUGCGGCCUAGCUUUAAGGCACGAGGACUUCUCGGACAUGCCCCGAGAGUGUCGUGAGGUUGAUCGAGAGCUGAAGGUGCGCCGGCAGAUUCGUGAGAUCUAUUGCAAAACGGCGCAAGACUUUCCGUCUGGUGAUGAUUGGGACGAGUAUCUGCUCCUUCGGGAGGAUAUCAUCCACAAGCUCGUGAAUGGGUCCAAAGAGGAGGUCCAAGACACCUGGCAUGAAAUAGAGCGCUACAAGGCGCAUCAUGCAGAAAGCAUCCGGCAAAUGCAGCGGGUGCGCCCGAAGAAGGUGCUAGAAAGGAUGGCGGCGGUCAUCAAGUCGGAAGGCAACUUUGCCAGCAAAGUCAACGCAGACUGGCUAGACCGCAUGGCGUUGGCUUCGAAUCAUCCAUUCCAGGAGCAGUAUGACGCACUUCUUGGAGACAUGCCUCGAAGCCCAGAUGCGAGUCUGGCAGCGGUUGGAACGGCAUCGCCGCUUACGCCGCAACCGCUCAUGGCCGGUGCCAAAGGGGAUGCUGCGCGGCGGUGUAGUGGUGGCGGUCAGCUAUCCCAGCUGAGUGAGAAGAAGGCGAGACACUUCUUUUUCGCAGACUUGACAAGUGGCGUACGUUCAGCUGUUCCGACGUCAUGUGCAUGA